AUGCUUCACCUGGAUCCUGCCCUAUUUGAAGACGUCCCAUCUUCAUCAAAUGUUUCAACAGAAUAUGAAGCUGUUGAUGAUGAGAUACAAAUAGAUUUAGCAAAUUAUAUUUCAAACUAUCAAGGAUAUAUAUACUACCAACGCCUCUUCUUCAUUGCUCAGCGUUGUCCUUCACUUCGAGUCACAGCUCUUCGUCUUGCCCACGAUUACAUCAAGAAGUCGACACUAGAUACUUCAGCGUAUAAUAAAAUCUUUCUUAUGCUAGCCGAGCAAACCAAUCUUUCAGGUGGUCCAUCGGCAUCUAGUGAAUCUUCUAGUCAGCAACAACAGCCUGUUUCCACAACUCGUCCCAUGAUGAAUAAUCAUAUUUCAGAUGGUUUAUCCUUGUCUAGCUCCGAAGAAUCAGCGGUAUUCGGACCCUCUUUAACGGAAGCUACCAGAAGUGUUUUGACUGAUGUCAUGUCUGGUAAAAAUGAGGCCAAUCUAGUUUAUGAUGCCAAGUGGGAAGAAUCCACAAGGAGGAAAGGAAUUAUGUUAUUAGAACAGUUAGAUACGGAGCUCAAAAACCACAAAGCGAAUUCAAUCAAAGAAAGCAUACGUCGUGGUUCAGAUGAUCUUGGAGAUUUGUAUUUACAAUUAGGUCAAUUAAACAAUGCAAAUAAGUGCUUCACUCGUUCUCGAGAUUAUUGCACAUCCCAACAACAAGAAUUAGCCAUGUGUUUAAAUGUCAUCAAGGUGGCUAUAUUUCAGCGUGCUUGGUCUCAUGUUGGUGCGCAUGUUACUCGAGCUGGUAGUUUAUCUGAGCUACGUGAUACAGUUCCACUAAUAUGUGUGAACAAAGCAGAAUCAAACACUCAACAAAGGAGUCGUACUGAAGUAACUUCUCGACAAGGCACAACACGUACAACGACUUCUGAAGUAUCUGGUUCAACAAGAUCAGGCGAAUCUACUACAAGUGGUGGCUCUUCUAGCCUUAUAGAUCCUUCUGGUCGGAUUUUAUCACGACAACCGAGUGACAUUCUUGGAGGAUAUGUGCCUACAUCGGGUGGCCAGAGCUAUCGUGAUGCCUUAACCCAAGCCCGAACUCAGUUGGCUAUCGCAGCAGGAUUAGUUGAGUUAGCUUCUCGUAACUACAGAGGUGCUGCAAUGAAUUUCCUUCAAGUUAGUCAUGACCAUUGCGAGUCACCUACAAGUCGAAUUGUAACUAUGUCAGAUUUAGCGUUUUUCAUCACACUAUGUGGUCUAGCUACUUUUGAACGUACCGAAUUAGCAAAAUUAGUGCUUGGAAAUACUUCGCUUAGGUUAUUACUAGAAGCUGAACCUGCUUAUUAUGCAGUCUGUUUGGGCCGGUUGAACAAAUUACGCAAUUUUUUACGAUUGGAUUUAUUUCUUUCUGAUCAUGUAUCCGCCUUAUGUAGAGAAAUUCGGUCACGAGCUCUUUGUCAGUAUUUCAGUCCAUAUUCAUCGGCUGAUUUAAAUUGCAUGGCUAAAGCAUUUGAUACAAAUGUGGCUAGUCUAGAGAAUGAACUUGCUGUACUUAUCCAAGAUGGUAGUAUCAAAGGACGUAUCGAUUCACAUAAACAGCUCCUUCGAGUGCUGGAUGUAGAUCAGCGUUGUUUGACAUUUGCUCGAGCUUUACACCUGGUAGAUGAGUACAAAAAUCGCACACAUUUAAUGAUAGUUCGAAUGGCACUGGCUCGUCAGAAACUUAUUGUCAAGUCGACAAGGGAUGAUGCUGACUCAAUAUUUCAUUAUAUGUCAUGA